CCCAGGCAUCUGGGCUGGGCCGAAUCCAGGGGGAGGGAACCCAGGCGUCCGGGCAGGCCCCACCCCCGUCCUCGGCCCCCGGACAGCUCGGACACACGGACGCUCUAGCCCCCAGAAUGGAGGUGGCCAGUGGCGAGCGCCCUGCGCUGGUGCCCGUCCAGGGCAUCCCCCUGAUCCGCUACUUUGCUGAGAACUGGCCCCUCGUGGAGGACUUCCAGGCGCGGCCAGACGACGUCGUCAUCUGCACCUACCCCAAGUCCGGCACCACGUGGCUCAGUGAGAUGCUGGACAUGAUCUACCAGGACUGUGAUGCCCAGAGGUGCCAACGUGCCCCCCUGCACCUGCGGGUGCCCUUCCUUGAGUUCGCCGUCCCCGAUGCACCCACGGGCCUGGAGACCCUCUCCCAAGCACCACCCCCACGCCUCAUCAAAACCCACCUGCCCGUGGAGCUGCUGCCGUCCUCCUUCUGGCGCCAGGGCUGCAAGGUGCUGUACGUGUCCCGGGACCCACGGGAUGUGGCCGUCUCCUACUACCACUUCUACCGCAUGGCUCCUGUCCACCCCCACCCUGGGCCUUGGCCCCACUUCCUGGAGGAAUUUCUGGAUGGGAAAGUGUCCUAUGGGUCAUGGUUCACGCAUGUGAAGGGCUGGUGGGCAAAGGCAGCGACUCACCCCGUGCUCUGCCUGCGCUACGAGGACAUGAAAGAGGCACCAAGUCAGCAGCUGAACCGGGUGCUGACCUUCCUGGGCCGGACCCUGCCCCCCGGAGGUGCCACCGCCAUCCUGGCUGCCACCUCCUUCACCACCAUGAAGGCCAACCCCAAGGUCAACUACACGGCCCUGCCCCGCACCGUCAUGGACCAUGCUGUGUCGCCCUUCCUACGCAAGGGUGAGGUCGGCGAUUGGAUGAACCUCUUCACUGUGGCCCAGGCUGAGGCCUUCGAUGCCCGGUACCAGGAGCUCAUGGCCGGUGUGGAGGGGCCGCCCAUCCAUCCAAGCCCCACCCCUGGGGCUGACCCCGUCUCCCACUGAAGGAUUCCCUUGCCCCCAUCCCCCCCUUCAUAAAUCUGCUGUCAGCUCACACCCAUGUACAGUCCUUGCAGGGGGCCGUGGGAGAGGGGGCCUAGCCGCCUGGGUUCUCCAGAAGCGAGUGAGUGUGGUGCCAAAAACCCCUUUAAUUGACUAAUAAAUCAGUUAAUUACCUGG